AUGUACCAACUAGAGAGACGAGCAAUUUUCUCGACACAAUCGCUCCUCCUCACGCAUUCUAGUCGAUUCAAAAGAGCAGGCGACUACCUCUCCUUCACAGUAGCUAACUUCUCAUUUUUCCUUGUCCAAGACCGCGAAAGCAACAUCAACGGCUUCCAUAAUCUCUGUCGACAUGGCGCAUUCUCAGUCGUGCAAACACGCUCAGGUUCAGCUUCUAUCCUCACCUGCAAAUACUACGGCUGGUCCUACAGCCUCAAAGGGAAUUUGUCAAAAGCACCUCGCUUCGAGACUGUUUCUGAUUUUGAUAAGAGCCAACAGGGCCUGCUUCCCGUGAAUGAUCAUUUGAUUAAAGCUGGGUUCAUCUGGAUUAAUCUACAGGCGGGAGAGCCAGAGGUGAAUUGGGAAGAUGAGUAUGAGAAGAUCGAUGAGACGCCGAGGAUGCAGAACUUUGAUUUUGCGGGUGAGUAUUCCUUUGAUUAUUAUUGGGAAUUGGAUAUCGAUGCCAACUGGAAGGGUCUCAUUGAGGAUUACAAUGAGUGCUACCAUUGCCCUACUUCUCACCCGCUUAUCAGUGCUGUUUCGGAUAUUUCGAGGUAUAGGGUUGAGCCGAAGGCUGGGUAUAUGGAACAUCAUAUCUUCAACAAGGAGCAGACUGAUAGUCAGUUUUGA